AUGAAAGAAGUUGGCCUCCAGAUAAUGGAUACAUUGUUCAGCUUCCAAGGGGUGCUGCUUCAAAAUACGAAUUUUCAAGCUGUUUCCGCUCAUGUCUCAAAGUUUCUUCGAGAUUUAUUACCGUUCUAUUUUCAGUCCCCGAAGGACCGCAUUCGUUUCUGGACACCAAGAUGGCUCAAUAAUUCAUUUCACAUCAAAAUAUGCUCAGUGCCUGGGGCACCAUUUUGUCUGGUCUACACAGCGCAUGGAAUUAUUGCUGUUAGCGAUCGUAGAGUAUUUUCGUAUACUGAAAAUGGUUUGGUCCAACAACAAUUUGAUUUUUCUUCUCAACAUGAGAAAGAAGGAGCAUGGGAAGAAGGCAAUACACUAGAUAUAAGCAACUUAUAUGUCUGUAGCGCUCUUGCAUGGAAGGCUGAUGGAUCGGCAGUAUACUGUGUAAGUUUCAGUUUAUUCAAAAGAGGUGAAUAA